AUGAAUAAAGCUGAAGCACUCAUUACUUACUUCUCACAGUCAACAGGAGAGCAGCUCAGGUUGGCAACUACUUGCCUGAAAGUGGAAAGAGAUUCCUUGUCCUCCAGCCAAAUCCAGGAUCCAAAAUGAUCCAAGCUCUGUUGGUUACUCUAUGUUUAGCAAUCUUUCCAUAUCAAGGGAGCUCUACAAAGGAGUCCUGGAAGCUUAAGGAUUAUGUAGUAGUCUAUCCACAAAAAGUGCAUGCAUUGCACAAAAGAGACGCAGGUGAAACUCAGAAGCCUGACCAAAAGACUAAGUAUGAUGAUACCAUGCAAUAUGAAUUUAAAGUGAAUGGAGAACCAGUGGUCCUUCACCUAGAAAAAAAUAAGGGACUUUUUUCAAAAGAUUACAGCGAGACUCAUUAUUCUCCUGAUGGCAAAGAAAUUACAACAAGCCCUCAGGUUGAGGAUCACUGCUAUUAUAAUGGUCACAUCCAGAAUGAUACCGACUCAAGUGCCAGCAUCAGUGCGUGCCAUGGUUUGAAAGGGUAUUUCAAGAAUCAGGGUGAGAAGUACCUCAUUGAACCCUUGAAGCUUCCCGACAGUGAAGCCCAUGCACUCUUCAAAUAUGAAAGUCUGGAAAAAGAGGACAGGACCCCCAAAAUCUGUGGGGUAGCCAACACUACAUGGGAACCAGAUGAGCCCAUCAAAAAGACUUCUCGGACAAGCAUGAGUGCUGAAAAAAAGGAAUACUUGCAGGCCAAAAAACAUGUGGAGCUUUUCAUAGCGGUAGACAACAGAAUGUUCAGGCGAUACAGCCGUAACAUCAAUGCUGUAAAGAUGAGAGUAUUUGAUGUAGUCAAUUACAUAAAUACGGUUUACAAACCUAUGAAAGUUCACAUAGCAUUGAUUGGCUUAGAGAUUUGGUCUGAUGAAGAUAAGAUUGAGGUCAACACAACAGCAGGUGUCACUCUGAACCACUUUUCGACAUGGAGAGAGUCAGUUUUGCUGAAGCGAAAAAGGAAUGAUAAUGCUCAGUUGCUCACGGCUAUUAACUUCGAUGGACCAACCGUAGGACUGGCUUUUGUUGGUACCAUGUGUAGUCCUUCGUUUUCUUCAGGAAUUGUUCAGGAUCAUAGCACUAACCCAAUUGCUAUUGGAGCAACAAUGGCCCAUGAGAUAGGUCAUAAUCUUGGCAUGAAUCAUGACACAGAUUUCUGUACUUGCAAGGCUGACUCAUGCAUUAUGACUCCCCAGCAAAGCUAUAAACCACCCCGGGAGUUCAGUUCUUGCAGUUUCCAGGAUUAUCAGAAGUAUAUCCUGAGUGAAACCCCACAAUGCAUUAUCAACAGACCCUUGAAAAAAGAUAUAGUUACACCUCCAGUUUGUGGGAAUGACUUUGUGGAAGAGGGAGAAGAAUGUGACUGUGGCUCUCCAAAGGAAUGUAAAAAUGAGUGCUGCAAUGCUACAACUUGUAAACUGAAUCCUGGGGCAAAUUGUGGAUAUGGGGAGUGUUGUGAGAAAUGCCAGUUUAAGAAAGCAGGAGCAGUGUGUCGGGCAGCAAAACAUGACUGUGAUUUGUCUGAAAUGUGCACUGGCCAGUCUGCUCAGUGUCCCUUGGAUCGCUUCCGUGUGAAUGGACACUCAUGCCAAAACAACCAAGGUUACUGCUACAUGGGGAAGUGUCCCACCUUGGCAAACCAAUGUAUUAGUCUCUGGGGGCCAGGUGGAAAAGUGGCUGCAGAUUCCUGUUUUUCAAUCAACCAGAAAGGGGUUUAUUACGGCCACUGCAGGAAAGCAAGUGGCACCUAUAUCCCAUGUAAACCAAAAGAUCUAAAAUGUGGCAAGUUAUACUGCAUAGGUGGUUCAAAAAUGCCCUCAGCCGGAAGCCUGGUGUCAUUUGAAUCAUGCAAAGGCAGCUUUCCGAGAGGAAAUGCAGAAGACGUUGGAAUGGUUGAUCUUGGAACAAAAUGUGGAGAAGGAAUGGUCUGCAACAAUGGGCAGUGUGUUGAGAUAGAAACAGCCUACAGAUCGACCAACUGUUCACACAAAUGCACAGGACACUCUGUGUGUGACCAUGAACUUCAGUGCCAGUGCGAAGAAGGAUCAGCACCACCUCAUUGUGAUGACCCAACAGGAAAUAAUUAUAUCAUCAUCAUUGUUGUAGUUGUGGUAAUAAUUUCAGUAGUCACGGCCAUCCUCCUUGCAGUUCUCUUCGGCCGCCACAUUUUAAAGAAGAAACAAAAUGACAGCAUUCACAAAAGUGCACCUGCAGCCACAAAUCCUUCUUUCCCUGGUCCAGAUCAGAAGAGGAAACAACAUCUUAGUCCAGUGUCCAAUGAUUCAAAGAUAAAUUCUUUUAGAUUUCUCCUCCCAAUUUCAUCCCAAGCAAAUAUACCAGAGGUCCAUGUUAAAGUCCCAGAUGAACCAUUAAGGCACACGUAUGAAAAUGCCAGAAUGCCCAUUGUGAAACCAAAUAUUCCUCCACCUCCUGUUCCAACAGCAAAAUCUACCAUAUCUCCAGCUAUGAUAAAAAGAAUAAAUCCAGCUCCUUCUUCUCACCUCAAGUCUAAGGCAGCUCCUCCUCCUCCUCCACCUCCACCCCAGGCACUGAAGCCCACUAAGUAAUCUCAGGGUAUGAAACAAAACAAGAAUCAGAAAUAAUACUGAUUCUCUGAUUUCAAAGAAAACAUUUUCCAUUUUCUUGGUUCCCAUAUCUGCAAAGGAAAACUGAAUGGCGAGUUCUUUCCACAAGUCUAAUACUUCCUCUGCAGUGUGGAAUGUCGUGUUAACUUUGGGGACAGCAUCACCUGCAGUAAGGAUGGGAACUCAUAGGAAGAUCUUCAGUGUUCUUCCAUUAUAUCUUUGGAUAUCAAAUGGGGAGAUCCUACUAGAGUUGGGAUGAUUUUGUGAAUUGUGAACUGAGCCAAAAGAUGCAUAGAAGGAAAUGAUGCAUCCAUGGAUUUAAACCCCCAUCAUUGCCAACUGUAGACAAAAUCAAAACUAAAGAAAGGUUUUUUUUGAUGCUUGAUGCAAGUGGAAACAGAAACUAUCCCGCCUAUUGAAUUAAUCACUAUAUUCUCUUGGAGUACAAAAUGACUGAGUCUUGCAGGAUGCCACCAGAUUAUUUGACAUGAGCAAAAGCUGAUCCCUUUGAACCUUCUCGCUACCUGUGCAAACAAGAAACACUAGGAAGUCUAGUGCCUAUUGUUUAUUGCUCAAGGACUUUUCAAGGUACAAUUUUGUUAGCUCUGCCAACUUUUUUCACUAGACUCUGCUCAUAUUCCCUAAGGCCACAUGUGACCUUUGGCUUGAUUUCAAAAGCCAUUGGCAAGUGAGUCUUUCAGGCUUCUAGUAGAGAUGUUUAACCCUUUAAACAUCUUUGAUCAUGCAAUUGAAGCCCACUCCCCUUUUUUUACAUAUCUGCGUUAAAAGAGGUAGGGCAUUUACGGCAUAGCUCAGCUUUCAUCUGGACUUUUUAUACCCAUGGAUGCCCCUGAGUAUAAUUCUAAAGGACCAGCUGUAAUCUGCAAUAGGCUUCCAUGCUGUCAAAAUCUUCUCCCACUGAUUCUUGCAGAUCAACCUUCUUAUAAAGGGAAAAAGUAAUGAACAUCUGCAGAAAAAAAAAACAAUCUCAGAGAACACCAAGGAGCCAAUAAUUAAACAUUGAGCUGCAUAUAUUCUUGAUUAUUUAAAAGGAGAGAUAGAGACAGAUCUGAAGAGCUGAUAACUCUAAAUAAUAGGAUUUCAUUAUUAGCACUGAAUAGCUGAGAUUCCCUUGGAGCUAAUUUUAAGUACUUCCUUUUUGUUACAUUACAAUAAAAAAAAAAAAAACAUUUAAAUGUUUAGACCUUUCAAGGAUAACAUUUUCAUUAAGCAGCCAAAUUGUUCAUGGGUUAAAAUGAUAGGAAAAGUUGGGAGGCAGGAUUUCAUAAAGCAAUACAAUGUUUUUUUUUAAUGUGCUACUGUUUGAAAAGGUCAGUUGUGAGACUAAAGGAGAUAUUGGGAUAAGUGCAAUAGGAGCCAAUAGAUUUUAAGUGAUUUGAAAAAAAAAAAUAGGUCAAGGAACAGAACCAAAAGUACAUAAUUUUAUUGAUUUUUUUUUGUAUUUUUUUAGUUAUGUUUUAAAUAAGGCCUCUUCUGAAAUCCUCCAUAUCUAAAUUUCUUUCUGAGUUUGUAAGCUUUUGAACGAUUGAUCCUGUCCGUAAUUUUCCAUUGUAUUUUUAUGUGGAAGAGGAAGUGACACUGUUUGCUCAGUUUUCACUCCAUUCAUGUUUCUUCCUUCUCCCUUCUUCAUUUUGCACAUGAAAAAAAACACUGCAAAAAAACCCAACCUUGAUACACUUUUCCACAUCCACACGAUUUUAUAUGUUGCUUGCCUAUUGCAAAAAAACACACAGAAUGCGAAGGAAUUAUGAUGCCCCUUCUUAGGGUAUCCCAAAGCUGCUGCUUUACAGUGCAUUUUACUGUCCAUUUUGCUCAAUAGGAGGUGCAAAGGUAUCAAAGAAAUUGAGGCUAACCUGUACAUGUUUAGGAAAUGUCAGUUAAAUUGGAAUUUGAGAGGAAUGGCAUGGAGAGCUGCCUUGAUCGCUGCAGCUGGUGACUUACAUUUUUCAGCAUGCUUAGAGAUUUCUAACCCUAAGCAGAAGAUGAGAAAAAUAAUGACAUCUAAAUGAAUCAAAGACUGAGUGCAAAUGUCUCUCAGUCUAAGUUGGGAAUACUUUGCAUACAGUAUGUGGAAGAUAUGACUAGGACAGCAUAAACCUGUGAUUUGGAUUUUCAGCUUGAAGGCAGUUGGAUCAACUUUCCAACCAGAAUAAUAGAAUAAUGCAGUUGGAAGGGACCUUGGAGGUCUUCUAGUUCAACUCUCUGCUCAGGCAGGAAACCCUAUCAAUUCAUAUAACUGAUUUUCUGAAUUGAGUUGAAAUUAGAUUUUAAAGUGUUUCCAAAAUAACCUUUGGUUCUGAGUAAGCAUCUCAUGCUCAGUCAACGAAAGUUACAUCAUCUUCAGAAAGACAACAGUCUAUUAAAUUACAACUUACAGUCAGUACCAUUAUAACUAAUUACAAUUAGAAUUACAUACUUUAAAUAGUUUUCUAACUUGGCACCUUCAAAGUGGUCAGAUGGAUAAUUUGACCAUCUUAGAAUUUUCUAAGCAGCACCACCAUUUUACAAGGCAUGGAGAGGUAAGCUCUUGGCAUGAAAGUCAACAUUGCCUGAUGAACAGAGAAACAUAUGGGCAUUUGUGAAAUUGAUGGGGCAUUAUUCUCCACUGCAUGUCCUCUGCACCACAAAUAGCCCAGUUUGACACAUGGAAAUAACCAUAAAAGGUGCCUUAUCUAUACUGAUUGUACCUCUUCUAUCACUUCUCUUCAAGUGGCAUUAUUUUAUUCUAGAGGAGAGCAGGGCAGAUUCUUCAAGUGUCAAAUGUUUUUUUUUUUUUUAAAUGAAUUGUCUUAAAAGAUUUCAAUGUUUCACAUGUUCUUGUAUGUGGAUGCCAAAACUUUGCAUGCUCUGAUCUGAAAUUUUGAAUUAUUUCAUUGUCGAAUACUGACAUCGUGUGGAGUUUGGCACACUUGGCUGUUUUCAUAGAAUUAAACAUAUUGCUUUUUAAUUUUAGGUUUCCAUGUAUGCAUAAAUACAUGUAGGAAACCUCAAGUCCAAUUUGGGUGUCAAGUAUCAAUAGAGGAUAUUCAUUUCUGUUAGGAGAGUGGGAGCAUAUAUACUGUCCAGGUGACAGUUAUCACCAACCCUCCCUCAAGUACGAUUGCUAGAUUAGAAGAGGAAGGGGCAUUUGCAUUGGCUUGAAUUUAAAUACAGGGUAGUCCUCAAUUUACAAUGGCAACGGAGACUAAAAUUUUCAUCACUGAGUGAUGUGGUCAUAAAGGAAGGGUGUACAAGAAGUUCUGGUUGGGAAAGGGAUUCCAAAGACCCGUCAUAACUCCCAUUCAGAAUCACCAUAAUUUCAAAUUGCUGAGCCAAUGGUUGUAAAUCGAGGACUACUGCAGACGUACCCAUGAGAUUAGAUUUUCUAAUCUAUUGGGAUUAGAAAAUUAGUAUACAUUGUACAUACUUGUCAUCUUGAGAACUGAGAAUUUUUAAUGGGAAAAAGCAGGGUGUUGGCAAAAAAAGAAUGCUUGCAGAUGAAAAGUAGGAUUCUACUUCUCCUCUUGGCCUCUGUGAUUUCUCUGCAGUUUCUCCCCCAGGCCUGUAGGACUGUUAGAAGCAAUUGGCAAAUUGCUAGUCUGCUCAAACUCUCAAGUUAAAUGCAGAUAGACUUAAUUUUUCAUUGAAAUCUGCCUUGCAAUUUCUCAACCGUUUGACCACUGUAAAUAAAGAUGUUCUUCCGUUUUCUUUUCAGAAUGCUUGUGGGGUUUUUUCAAACUUUCCUGUUUUUUUUUUGUUGGUUUUUUUGAGCUUAUUUUAUUGUUGUCAUUGGCAGUGGGGAUUUCUCUUAAACCUUGUACAAUGAGAUACAGGACAUAGUUCCUCAUCUCUUUGGCAUUUGUAACUAAAUCACUGUAAGACCACAUUCUACCUAUCUCAGCAAAAUUUGGCAGAAUAUAUUCUAAUUUGCCAUCUUAAAGAACUGGUAGAAUGAAAUUUGGGGAAACGUUCCUCCAUGGCAUUAGAUAAAUUAUUGACAUGCCCAGUCUUUCGCUCCAUAGAAUUCAGUGGAGCCAGUGCUGGGUGAGGUCUUGUGCCUGAGAUAAAUAAUUUUUCCAUUGAUUGUUUGUUCCCUUUCCCUUCUCCCAAUGCCAACCUGUGCAAUUAUUUUUGUUUCCUUUGCACAAACACUUUUACAUCUAGUUAAAUUGUGAUUUAAAAUAUUAUGUUAUUAUCUGUAAAAUAUGUAUUUGGAAUAAUAUCUCUAUUUAAAAUGUUCUUAUAUAAAACUUUGCUUAUAAAAAUAAAUAUGACCAUGUCUUUCUUGUUAA